CAUCUUUUUUUACACCUUAGCUAUUACAUACCAGUUAGCUGAUUGCCAGCCAUCGCCGCACUUGGAUUUAUUCAUUAAAAGAUAAUAGCUUGUCCACGGUGUGUGUUGUUUGUUGUGUUAUUUAUCUGUUAAAAAAUCCAGAUCUACAAUAUGAAUGCUGAGGACGAGAUACUGAGAAUCCAGAAGAAGCUCACCAAAAUGUUAAAUCCUGAGGGGACGGGUCAAGAGCAGGCGCUGGAGCUGCUCAAAGUUCUUCAAAGACUUCCUGUUGACUUGGAACUUCUUACUAAAACCAGAAUUGGAAUGACUGUUAAUUCAUUACGAAAAUCUAGCCGAGAUGAUGAAGUAAUAACCUUAUCAAAAACACUGAUUAAAAAUUGGAAAAAAUUCUUGUCAGGUCCAAAUAAAGAUGGGAAAGAUUCGAGUUCAUCGAGCAACUCCAAGGAAAAGGAAGAACGUUCAGACAAAAAUAAAGACGACUAUGAUUCGAAGAAAGACAAAGAUCAUACGGAUGGCAAUGACAUUAAAAGUAAGGAUGAGAGAUCAUCAAGUAAGGACUCACAUAAAAAACAGGCAUCGUUCCCUUCGACAACAACAACAGACGCUGUGAGGCUCAAGUGCCGUGAGCUCUUAGCUUCAGCUCUCAGUGUUGAUAAUUUAUCAAUGGAAGCCUGUGGAACUCCUCAAGAACUUGCUGAGGAAUUAGAAGAAGCUAUUUUUGUUGAAUUCAAAAACACUGACAACAGAUACAAAAAUAGAGUACGUAGUCGAGUAGCUAAUUUACGUGACGCCAAGAAUCCGACAUUAAAAACUAAUUUUCUUGUUGGCGCCAUAACACCGGCGCGUCUUGCCGCAAUGACUGCCGAAGAAAUGGCAAGUGAUGAAAUAAAACAGUUGAGAGAUAGAUUCAAAAAGGAAGCUAUCAAUGAUGCACAACUUGCUACUGUACAAGGUACUAAGACAGAUCUGCUAAAAUGCGGUAAAUGUAAACAGCGUAAUUGUACUUACAAUCAAGUUCAAACACGAUCGGCUGAUGAACCGAUGACCACGUUCGUGCUGUGUAAUAAUUGUGGUAAUCGAUGGAAGUUCUGUUAAAAAAAAAAUCUUUGUAAUGAGUGAUAAUUUAUGUCAUUAUUUGUGCUGUAUUUUUUUUUUAUUCUUAAUUAAUUUACAGUAGCAAGUGAAUCAGAGAAAUUGAUUAUUUAAAAGUAUGUAGUAUUUCAUUCGUUGAUGUACACUGUAAGUAAUUAUGACAACUCAUUAUACGCUCAUUGAAAUUUAUAGUAAUAAAUAAUUAAAAAAAUUAAGAUAAAAACUGUGAUAUAUUUCCAUCAAAUAUGAAUCGAAAAUUUGGAAAAACCACAGAAAAUAAUAUUUAAUUAUUACCAAGUACAAAAUAAAAUCAAUUUCUCUGAUUAUAAUAAAAUAAUAAUUAUUAAAAUUUAUAAAAGUAAAAUAGUCUUCGAUAUAUAACGAAAUAUUAACAGAUGAUAUUUAUUAUUAUUUGUAAUGAAUAUCAGCGAGGCUACUUCUGAAUUACAUUUUUUUUCUUUUUUUUUUUUUUAUUAAGGACAUUCGCAGAAAUCUCCCACUUUUCAAAAAUACUCAAUGACUGAAAUGUCAACCGCAUUAAAAUUUUAUCAAUUAAUUAAAAAGAAAUUAAGGCAUUAAUAGAAAAAAAGAUAACGUAGUCACGAUUUCAUCGAAAUAUAGAUUUAAAAAAAAAAUUACAGUUAUCAAUUCGAAGUCAAUUCGAUAUCAACUAUAAGUAAUUUUUUUUUAAUGUAUAGUUCGGUGAAAUUUUUUCUUUAAUUAAUUGACCAAAUUUUGAUACUUACGACAGCUGUCAUUGAAAAUAUUUAAAAAGUGAGGGGUAGUGUCUAAGAAUGCCUUUAAAAAAGCAUUUAAUUUCUUGAAAUAAUUAUACGCCGAGUUAAUUAGAACUUAAGGAAAAAAUUAAAUUUAAUUGCAACGAUAAAAAAUUAUCAGACAAAUUUUCAUUAUCAGUAACUUUUUUACUAUUUUUUUGAUUAGCCUCUUAAAAAAAACUAUUAAUAAUUUACAAUAAGUACAAUACAUUAAAUUAAGUAAAGAUACUAAAUUGUAUAUUUUUUUUUUGUUUUUUU